AUGGCAGCAGCAGCAGUCGCCCCGCGACUUUCAUCGACGACCACAGCCACGACGAUGACGAGCAUGACGAGCGAAGGUAGCAGGACCCUGCUGGAGAUCCAAGACCACGCGCGUUUGAUCGAUCACCAUGCUGCACACACGUCGGGAGGCGCUGGUACUGGAAGCUUUUCCGGUUCUUCGACCGCUCGAGCUCCAGCUGCGGGCCUAUGGACUGCUCCCGAGCCUGCACACGGCGUGCGAGGAGGCGACACGAGCCCUCAAUGGACCAAUCCAGCCAGCUGGCCUGAACAGAGAGGCACACCCGCAUAUCGGCCGAUCGACCGCAACCUGGAUCACUCCAGGAGGCCUUGGGCCAACACGGUACCCGAGACCAUCUUCACCGUCACAAUGAUCGGCCUCGGAGUGCAAACCAUCGGUCUUGCCAACACCAUCUUCAGGAAUACCGUGGGCAAGAUCGAAAGCGUGAACCGCUUCUUCCGCUACCAGUGCCCGCACGAGCUAUAG